AUGGAAAGAUUUGCAGCCAAGCGCGACGUGGCCGAGGGGCGUGUGAAUGUGCCUGAAACAAAAAAUCCAGUACUUUCUCGCUCUCCUGUUCGCUACUCCCUUCAGAUUAAGGAAGAAGCAGUGGAGCAAGUGGAGAAGUUCAAGUACGUCGGAGUCGUGUUCAUUAGUGAUGGAAAAUUUGAAGAAGAGAUCGACUGGCGGAUGCGAGUGGCCAGUGGCGUUCUGCGUGAAAGUGCGCGAAAGGUUGUGACUAAAGCAGAGCUGCGUCUGAAGGCUAAGCUCUCGAUGUUCAAGUCGAUCUUUAUCCUCAUGCUUACCUACGGUCAUGAGUCAUGGAUUAUGACCGAAAUACUUCGAUUCCGGGCAGAAGCGGCCGAAAUGGGUUUCUGA